AGUUUCAGUUUGGGGGAAUCCUGUUAGCGUUUCCUACACUUGCAUUUCAUAUGCAAGUUCUCUGCCAGAGAGCUGGGAGGAGAAAGGAAAUUCCCAGAGCUGGUCACUAUUAGAAACAAGCACAGCUAAAUAAGGAAACAACAGGUUUGCGCUCUUGCAAAGUCCUCUUGAAAGAAGCUCUUACCAGCUCUUGAUUCGGCUUUUGUUAAGACAAAGUAAUAUCUUAGACAUGGCUCCAGAGACCUACAUGCCAGAACCCAUGUGCCUCAUUGGGAACAAUGGGGAACAGCUAGUGGCCAACCACGAAGCCCUGAGGAUUCUGUCUGCCAUCACACAGCCGAUGGUGGUGGUGGCAAUCGUAGGCCUUUACCGUACAGGCAAAUCCUACUUGAUGAACAAGCUAGCCGGCAAGGAGAAAGGCUUUUCUGUUGGAUCCACGGUGCAGUCUCACACCAAGGGCAUCUGGAUGUGGUGUGUCCCUCAUCCCCAGAAGUCAGACCACACCCUAGUUCUGCUUGACACAGAGGGCCUGGGAGAUGUGGAAAAGAUUGAUGAAAAGAGUGAUACUCAGAUCUUCGCACUGGCAAUCCUUCUCAGUAGUACUUUUGUAUACAACACCAUGAACAAAAUUGACCAGGGAGCUAUCGACCUACUGCACAAUGUGACAGAAUUAACAGAUCUGCUCCAGACAAGGAACUCCACCGACCUUAAUGAAAUUAAAGAACCUGCUGACAUGAGCUUCUUUCCAGACUUGGUGUGGACUCUGAGAGAUUUCUUCCUGAGUCUGGAAACAAACGGGCAUGCCAUCACACCAGAUGAAUAUCUGGAGCACUCACUGAAGCUGAAACAAGGUAGUGAUGAAAGAACUGAAAAGUUCAAUGUCCCCAGACUGUGCAUUCAGAAGUUCUUUCCAGUGAAGAAAUGCUUUAUUUUUGACUCCCCUGCUGACAGAAAUAAGCUCUCCAAGCUCCAAACACUCAACAGUGAUGAGCUGAGUACAGAAUUUGUGCAGGAGCUGUCAGAAUUCUGUUCUCACGUCUUCACCCAUUCCAAGACCAAGACUCUCCCAGGAGGCAUCCAGGUCAAUGGACCUCGUCUAGAGAGCCUGGUGGUGACCUACGUCGAUGCCAUCAACAGUGGGGCUCUACCCUGCAUGGAGAAUGCAGUGAUAACGUUGGCUCGGAGAGAGAACUCAGCUGCAAUGCAAAAGGCUGUCACCCACUAUGAUCAGCAGAUGAGCCAGAAGGUGCAGCUGCCCACAGAGACCCUCCAGCAGCUGCUGGAACUGCACAGGACCUGUGAGAGUGAAGCCAUGGAAAUCUUCAGGAAGCAUUCUUUCAAGGAUGAGGACCAAUGCUUCCAGAAGGAAUUGAAGACCCUACUAAGUGCAAAGUGGGAUGAGAUCUGUAAGAAGAAUGUGGAAGCCUCUGAAAACCACUGUUCAACCCUACUUCAGAAUAUUUUUAAGCCUCUGGAACAAGAAGUGGCACAGGGGGUCUAUGCUACACCAGGAGGCCACAAUCUCUUUCUUCAGAAGAUGGAAAAGCUGAAGGCCCAGUACCAUCAGCAGCCAAGGAAGGGAACACAGGCUGAGGAAGUGCUGCAGAAAUAUUUGAAGGCCAAAGAACAACUGAGCAAAACAAUUCUACAAACAGACAAGGCUCUCACAGCCAAGGAGAAUGAGAGGAAAGGUGAGAAGGGAGAAGCGAGAGCAAGCGCUGCAAGGGCUGAAGCACAGAGGUUGAAGGCGAUUCGAAUCCAGGAAGAGCAAAGGAGAGCAGAGCAGGAGAGACAGCAUCAAGAGGAACUGAGGCAAAUAGAGAUUUCCAAAGCAAACUUCCGGGCAGAGCAAGAGAGGAUCAGGAACCAGAGGAUGCAGCAAGAGGCUGCGAGGAUCAAAGCAGAACAAGAAGCUAAACUCAGAGAACUCAAUCAACAGCUUGAAGCUGCAAGGGCAAUGAGCCGUCACUCAUCAGGCGGUGAUUGUAUCUUACUCUAAAGCACCAAAAGCCAGGGCUUCCCUUUCUUACUGCUCCUCAUUGAAGACACAAAGGAGCAAGUGACUAAAGGACUUGAGGCAACCACUGGUUAUAAAACAAAACAAAACAAAACAAAAAAACACACAACAGCCCAGUGCCCCCGGCUCUAACUGCCAUAUUUGUCUCAAGGUAUUUUACCUAGGGGAUGUUAACUUGACUAACAUCUUGGACUCACACGUGUGUCCCUCCUGCUGGUAGACACAGAAAGAAAGUACUAAUGAAAAAUAAAUAAAAAAAAAAACAAUACAUAUUUCUCGACUGGAUGGAGGCCCCUAGUCUAUGGGCAGUGUGGCUCCUCAGUACUGUUGGCUGACCAUUUGUAUGUUUUCUUUCCUCUGUGUUUCUUCUUUGGGAGCCCAAUGACAUUAUAAUUAACCUUGUCACAUGCUCAGCUAUCAUGUCGCUCACUGAGAGGUAGAUUUGUUUCUACUGAUUGUCUUCUCUGCCAGGUUCACAUUCUUUUGAUAUGUUCAUUACAGAAAUUCUUCUUCACCAAUACAGGGUUUUUGAUACACAGAAUUGCCAACUGGCUCUGUUUCUAUUUUUCUUCCUGAAAGUCUACACCUGCCCAUGCAUAUUGCUCACUUUCUACCAGAUUCUUAAACAGUAAUCAUACUGAUCUUAAAUGAUUUUAGUGAUUUAAGAUUCAAAAAUUUUAAAUGAUUUCUGAUAUUCCAAGUCUAUCUCUAUUCAUGAGUCUAUUUACUUUAUCUGUUUAAAAUAAAUAACUGUACUUGGUUUUUCUGUGUGUCAAAAAAUUCUUUUAAUUGAAUGCUGUGCACUGUUGGUUACAUAGUUAAGACAUAGCUUUAUGCUUGGAAUAUGCAUUCCUCUUUCAUAUUAAGAUUCUGGCAAGCAUUGGCUCAAUGUAGUUGUUCAGAUGGAAAUAGCCUUAGUUUGUUAUAGUGGAAUAGCUCUUGCCUAUAUCCACUAAGAAGAUUACAGAGAAAGAGGGAGGGAGAGAGAGAGAGAGAGAGAGAGAGAGAGAGAGAGAGAGAGAGAGAGAGAGAGAGAGAGAAUUAUUUGCAUAUGUAAAUCUCAUUCUGUUGCUCAAUAAAAUGGAAAGUAAAUGUAAAAUGCCCUAAAUUGAUUCUUUUGUAUGCCUCAACUUUAUAUACUACAUUUUUUUCUCACACUGAAAUUCACAUUAAUAGGUCAGAGGCAUCCUAGCAGAAACAAGAAAUGAAACUGAGAUAAAAUGUAGCAUUUUCAGCAUUUACAAAUACGAUUGGUUAGGAUUUUUUCUCAUUUUAAGUAAAUAUUUACCUUUGAGCUUGAAUGGUUACUAUUUCCUUUAGAGUAGGAGGAACUCAAGUUAGCUCCAUGACAUUAUAGUACAGAUAGACACUCAGAAUAAGCAGAGGAAACAAUCUGCAAGAACAUUCAACAAAAUAAGAGUUUUUUUUAACUUCUGGUUGAUAGCAGUUGGGAUUUUUAUAUACAAAAUCUAUCUAUCUAUCUAUCUAUCUAUCUAUCAUCUAUCUGCCAUCUAUCCUAGCUUGAUGAAAGAACUAAAUUAUAUUAAUAACACCAGUACUUUUUAAGGAAUGGUAAGGGUGGAAAGAAAAGAGAAGAACAUAAAUUAUGAAUCUCACACUGGCUGUUGGGUGAAAACAUGGGGAACCAGCUUAAGUGACCAAAUGAUAGCAUGUGGUUGGAUAUUGCAUGUCAUGCCCAUGAUUCAGACUCUCUAUUUGGUUCCUGCAUACCCCAAAUCUCAGGACACACAGAUCCUCUUUAGGCACUCACCAGGGACUGUAGCAAAGAACAGAAGUGUGCAACCUAUUAUUUUCUACCUAAAGUGGGCUUACAGAGUGAGAGACCAAGCCCUAGGCCCUCUGCUGAGAUACUGCUGUGCAGUGGUUUCCCUAUUACCUUCAAUCUCGGAUGCUUCUGGAUAUUUCUGUUGGGAUUAGCAAAAAUAAAAAAAAAUGCUCAUGUCAUAGGUGGCUUAGCUGCCAGAAUUCAUACUUUGUAAGUUUUUUUAAUAUAGUCAUACUUAAUAUUCCAUAGAUUCCACAAUGAUAUGGAAUAUUCCAAUCCCUUUGGAUUGAGUAUCUGUGAAAAACGGCUUUCAGGUUUGCUCUUAUUUCUUUAUCUUGUACUUUUAAAAAAGGUGUAUGACUCAAGCAUGUAUUAACAAAAUAUACUAGAAUUAAUCUUAUUUUAGCUAAUUUGUAGUUAAAAGCUCUUAGGUUUCAUUGUCUCAGCUCUCCUUUGCAGUAAGAACAAAAUUGAAAAGCAAAUAAAUUAAACAACAAACUCCUCACACCUUAUAACUUUGUAUGUAUUUCAUAUAUUCCUUCCUUUAAAACUCAGGCAUAUACAUCUGCAACAUAACAUCUACACCUAGAGCUCAGAAAAAAUUGUGAAAGAAGGGCAGAAAUGUUGUAAGAUGCAGAGGGCCAGGACCCCUGCUGCCAGAUGGUGUCUUCUAGACAGAACAUGGAAAAUGCAUCCAAGAAACCACAACAAUAUUCAACAAUAUUGUUACCUGAAUAAGAUCAGUAUAAUGGCAACACCAGAUUUGAUGCUAACAUGGACAGGGGAGAUUCUAUGUGAUUUUACUUCUAGAUGAAGAGCUACAGAAAGUCAAUGACUGAUUUUAGGGAGAAUCAAUUUCUCCCCAGGAAGAACUCCCACAUAAAUUGUCAAAUCCCAAGUGGUCAAUAAUCUUGGACACAUGUACAUAUGAGCAAUGCUAAAUGGACUCAGUAGAUGCACAUACAUCUCCUAUAUAUUGUAUGUUAUGUUAAUAAACAUGUCAAUCAACAUCCA